UCUGGAAGACGGAAAUUUCCGAAAUGUGUAGACAUCCACUAUAUUGUUAUAUUGAGUGUCAUUACCGCAAUACGAGCGACCUCUAACAGGAAAGAAUCGCAAAUCAUCGAUUGACAGUUCAGAAUCUCAAGCGAUUUGAUUUCUUGGAACGAUCGAUCGAUCGACUGCACUUUGUCAACUUUUGUAUUGAUCUCCUGUGUGGAAAUUUCUAUUUUCGUUAAUCUAGGAGAAGUCAUAGCUCUUUACUUCUACUUCGCUAAAAGUUGAAAACUGCGUUUGUUCUUCGUGCGAACUACGAGACUUUUGUGCUUUCGGAAGGAUAACGCGGGAAGAAAGCCUUAAUUGGUUUCGAAACAUUUGGUCUAUAUUAAGUACGAUGCCUGCUUCCACUGUUUCUUGUUGAUGGAAAACACGCUCCUUUCCGCAACCUUAUUUUCAACCUUACAUUGAUUGAAGAUUACUAUGAUUCACGAGCAAAGUGGACUUUUAUUGUGUCUCCUUUGUUGGAUCGCGGCGAAAGCAGAAAUCCCUCCAACCAUUUCCAGUGUGACAAAAACUCCUGUGAGCUUUUAUGAAGGGGGCAGGGUGACACUUCAUUGUUCAGCUACAGGCAACACACCCCUUACCUACCAGUGGUUUGCAACAGAUUUUGAGGGUAAUGCCAAGGAUGUUUCAUCAGCUAGACACAGUCAGCAACCAAGCACAGGUCAGCUUGUUAUAAACAGUCUGAAUCAUACUCUAGAUGAUGGUUAUUACUAUUGUGUAGCAAGGAAUCCAGCUGGAAAAACAAGAUCAACAAGAUUAAAAAUCCAAGUUUCAUUUCUAGAAAAAACACCAAAUGUUGAUACCAGUGUAAGUCUCAGAGUACUGCAGGGGGGUGAAUUCACCUAUGAAUACCCUGUUAUAAAAAGUUUUCCAAAGCCUACAAUUACGUGGACUAAAAGUGGCAGCUCUAUGUCUGAGACACAACGCAUCAGUUUUUCUACUGAAGGAAACAUUUAUAUUGGAAAUGUGGAAGUAAAUGAUGUAGGUAACUACUACUCGAGGGUUCAGAAUGGAGGCCAGUCAUUUAGUAGAGGUCCGCUAACAGUGAGUGUGACAGCAAGGGGAAACAUACCUGAUACACCAUAUAUCAUUCUUGGCCCCACAAAUCAGAGAGCUACAGUGGGAAAGACAAACAGUGUUACAUUUGAGUGCUUUGCAAGUGGAAGUCCUAUGCCCUCGAUAUCCUGGAGAAAGGCAGGGCAAGUGAUUUCUCAGAGUGCAAAAUUUUCUUUUGACACGUUCAAGAAGAGACUCACUGUUCACAAUCCAGCUGUAUCUGAUGAAGGAGUCUACGAAUGUCGAGUAACCAACAGCAAAAAUGUCUUUAAAACCAAGAGUGCAAACUUGACAAUAAUUGUAAUGCCAACGUUUACAGUCACCCCAACGAUGGCGGAUAAGUAUCCUCAAGAAUCAGUGACUUUUAAAUGCAGUGCGACUGGCACUCCAACACCAGAGAUUACUUGGUUUCACAAUGGUCAAAAAGUUCCACCUUCGACCACGGGAAGGAUCCAGAUAAACAGUAAAAAUGACCUGACAUUUAUAAGUCUUCAAUCGGGUGACAAAGGAAGUGUUCAGUGCGCGGCAACCAACGAUGCUGGCGAGAUACUAAGCAGAGCUUUGUUGCGUGUAAAAGAAUUACCUGUAUGGAUAGAUGUUCCACCAAAGAACACAGACGCUGUGGUUAAUGACACAGUGGAGUUAGAAUGUGUAGGCCGUGGAAAUCCAUCGCCAACAAUAACCUGGCAGAAAAAUGACCAAAACAUCAACUUUGCCAAUAAUCCUCGAUACUUUCAGAAGUCUUCUGGUUCACUGCAGAUUAGCAGAAGUCAGAAGAGUGACAGUGGAAAAUACACGUGUAUAGCAACCAACAGCAUUGGCUCCAAGAGGGCAAACGCUUCUCUUAGAGUGUUAAUCAAAACUGUGAUCGUCAAUCCGUUACCAAGUCAAAUAGACGCUAUCAAAGGAAUUGAUAAACCUCUUCCGUGUGGGGUCCAAAAAGACCCGGAUAUAUCAGUCAAGUGGAUUUGGACCAAAGAUGGAUCUGCAGUCGAUGUAUCCCGGAUGAAGGUUCAAAGUGAUGGAACACUACGCAUACUCACUGUGCAGCAGGGGGAUGCUGGGUCGUACACGUGUUUGGUACAGUCUGAGGCGGGAAACGCCAGCACUACAGGACAGUUGAGCGUUCUCGAAAUACCGCUCGCACCCACUACCCCAGUGGUAAGUGACAUCAAGACGACUUCAGUUCGCUUAUCGUGGUUUCCACCGGAUUAUAGUGGGAACAGCCCCAUCACAUCUUACAAAAUCGAAGCCAAGAAGGGCUCCAACAACUGGCAACUUGCCAGGGAUGACAUCAAUCCUUCUGAUAGACAGAUGUCAGUCAUUGUCCGUAAUCUUUCGCCGCAUACUCAGUACCAAUUCCGCGUGAGAGCUGUCAAUCAAGUCGGAGAUGGUGCACCCAGUGGCGCGUCCGGAGUGAUAAGGACACUGAUAUCAGCGCCGUCUGCAGCUCCACAAAGCGUCAGUGGAGCUCCAACAAGCGCUGAUUCUAUACUCGUGCAGUGGCAAAUUCCUCCUCCUGAAACACACAAUGGUCCGUUGCGUGGUUUCAAAAUCGCUUACCGUCUAGCUGGCGUUUCAGCGAGUACCUUCAUUAUAAGAAAGAUUGCAAUUUCAUCUGCUACUCAGGGCAGCAUCGACGGACUUCUGCAGUGGACUGCGUACGAGAUUAAAGUGCGGGCUUACAAUGACGCAGGAGACGGGGUGUACAGUCAACCAAUCACAGUCACCACAGCAGAAGGGCUACCAACAGCUCCACCACAGGAAGUGAAAGUGAUUAACAUUACCACAGUCAGUGUAUAUUUAGAAUGGAAACCUCCACCUCAAAAGCAACAAAAUGGAAGAAUAAAAGGAUACAAGCUCCAAGCGUGGAAGGGAAGCACACCCAGCAAUAUCUACCAGCGGGUAGCUGAUCAUGACGACACGGCAGCUAUUCAGAAGGGAAUCCUGGGCGGACUGGAAAAAUUCACUCAGUACACUAUAGCUAUAGUAGCCUACAAUGGCGCAGGAGACAGUCCGAGGUCUGAUACUAAACUUAUCAAGACCGAGGAAGGAGUUCCAGACGCGCCUCGGUCGUUCACAAUCUCCGAGGUCUACGCGGACGCUUUGAGAGUGAGCUGGGACCCACCUCUACGACUGAAUGGUAUUCUUACUGCGUAUUUGGUAAAACACUGGCGAAAUGACUCACUCCCAAGCAGCGGUCAAACGACGCGUCUCUCAAACGUCACCUUAUCACACACAGUGACAGGAUUAGGAGCCAAUACUGCGUAUGUUGUCGAGGUGUCCGCUGAGACCCGAGUAGGGGCUAGCACGAGUAAGAGACUGGUGGCGAAAACUACGGAAUCUCCCGUCAAACCUGGUGCACCACAAAACCUAAAGGUCAUAGAAGUGAGGGCCCGUUCGGUGGUAUUAGAUUUUACCCCUGGAUCAUCUGGUAGAGCCCCUAUACUGACCUACAUCAUACAGUACAACAACGACACCUACUAUGACCCAGCGUCGUCAAGCUGGAAGACACUGAUGAUUGUUCGUGACGCUCAUCUCGUAUGGAAUUUGCUUCCUCUUGAGCUACCUCAUCUGAAACCGUACAGAGACUACAGAUUCCGAGUCACUGCCACGAACAAAGUGGGAAGCAGCAGCCCCAGUGCCCCAACGGAUACAAUCAGAACGCAGGAAACUGCACCCUCCCUUCCCCCAAGCAAUUUGACUUUGCUUCCACUCGGGAAGGAUGGACUGGAACUAAGAUGGAAGAUUCCACCCCAAGACACUUGGAAUAGCGACUUUAUAGGAUUCAUACUGCGAUUUGAGCCGGAAGGAGUUCCCAGUUUCGCAUUUGAAAAUAAAUUUCCAAGCAGUCAAUUAAACUACUACAGAGCGGGAGGCCUUUUGAGACACAAACGUUAUAAGGUCUCCGUAAGGUCCUACAAUCUAAAUGGUAAAGGAGCUAGCAAUGGCAGUGCGGUGGCUUGGGCUUGGACGCAAGAAGAUGCUCCGUCCUCAGCGCCAACUAGUCUUAAGCCAGAAGUAACAGGUGCCACAUUUGUUACGCUCAAAUGGGAACCUGUACCGUAUGUGGGACAAAAUGGUGUAAUUCUUGGUUACAAGAUAUACUACCGUAUUUUUGGGAAGCAAAACACGGAGAAAGAGAAGGAACUCCUCAAUGGUCUCGUGUACUCUACCUCCCUGACGGGACUGGAGAGCUUUGUCACUUAUGAAUUCCAAAUCCUUGCGUACACAAGAAUUGGAAAUGGACCAAAAAGCGCUGCAGUUAGAGCCACCACUCUAUCAUCCAGUCCAGGUCCCCCUUCUCGUGUCCGUUUUACAUCCGUCAGUCGAGAGACCGUGACGAUAGCGUGGGACCCACCAGUGUACCCGCGCGGCGUCAUCCAAGGAUACAGGGCAGAAUGUCGUCUAAAUACGUCAUCUGCGUCUGACCCCUAUGUGUGGCAAAGCACCAUGGGAAGAAACGAUCUCAGGAGGACUGCUGGCCCUUUGAAUCCUCAGUCGUUUUAUCGCUUUUACCUUUGGGCUUUGACUAACACAAGUCAAAGCGAAAAACCAGCGGAAGCAGUUGUUUAUACUGGAGGUUCAACAGAACCUCCUGAUGCACCAUACAUUUUGCCGGUCUAUUUCUCGGACAUCGGCGAACGAUGGAUAAUCGUAAAGUGGCAAGCCACAUCAGAUGCAAAGAGCCCCUUGAGGUACUUCACCCUGCAGCUGAACAAGAAUGACGAGGGCUGGCAGGUGUACUCGGCAAACGUUCUCCACGAUCUCCGGAAACUUAAAGUGGAGGGACUUUUUCCUGGGGAGUCAUACACGUUCAGAAUUAUGGCCACAAACGACAAGGGAAACAGUCCGUACAGUGCGGCGUCCUCUUCUGUUACAACUCGUCUUGCGUUGCCGACUGGGGCUCCACGCAAUAUCACAGUGACGUCAUAUCCCACGUCACUCGACAUUAAAUGGGCGGCUCCACUUCCACAAGAGCUGGGUGGAACUCUACAGGGGUUCAUUUUAAAACACAGAGAAAGGAGUGCCGCUGGCAGUGUGUUUAGCGAGGUUUCCUUGGACGCCAACUCUCGUAACCAUAAAUUAGAACGCUUGAAAGUUUUCACGGUCUACGAAAUCAAAGUGGCGGCUGUGAACGAGAAGGGACCUGGGCCCUAUUCCCCUCUUUACAGAGUGACAACCGGAGAGAAACCUCCUUCGGAAGCUCCUAAGGAUUUAACAAAGGGGACAGUGACAAGAACAUCCAUUGGAGUCAGGUGGAUCGCACCCUCUUCAGCUUCCUUCAAUGGACAUCUUAUGGGAUACAAGGUUUAUGUGCAAGACCUCUCUCUGACUCAAGGACGCCGCAGAAGGAGACGAUCUUUGGAGGCUGGAGUAUGUCCGCGAGAACCUGGACCCAAGCUGCUGUUCGUCCCUCCUCACCUGAACAACGUCAACAUCACUAACCUUCGGAAAUAUGUUAAGUAUAGAAUCUGGGUGCGAGCGUAUAAUUCCAAAGGAGAGAGUCCGCCAAGUACGUCGCUGGAGGUCACAACACAUGAGGACAGACCCGAGCCCCCAGCCGUUUUCCGUGCCGACGCGGUCUAUAAUGUCCGCGUAGACCUUUACUGGAAACCACCUUGUGAACCGAAUGGAGAAAUUCUUGAGUACGAGAUCAGCUAUGGCAGGACAGCGGAAUUAACCCCCAACAGCGACCGGGAGAAGAUAGUUGUUGACGGUAAAAGAGAAACGAUGAAAGUAACCGGGCUGGCGAUGUUGACGAGUUACUCAUUUCAGCUCCGUGCGAGAAAUUCCAUGGGUUACGGACCGCCAAAUGAGUUUCUUGCAAAAACAAAGGGGCCUGCUGAACCUCCGGGGCAACCUGGGAAACCUGUGGUACAUCCGGGCUCUAUUACUGCUGUUAUAAUGUGGGACGAUACAAGAAAGAACCGAUCGUACGUGUCCUACACAGUUGGAAAUCUGGAGCCAAACACUGGAUACAGGUUUAGAAUAAUCGCAUGGAACGAGAAGGGCAAAUCAAAGCCAUCUGAACCUUCAGACAGAGUUAUUACUGGUCCGGCUGACAGCGAACUUCAGAGCGGAAUCAUUUACAAACAGUGGUGGUUUAUUCUGUUAAUGGUGCUGUUUUUUAUUAUUCUCGUUUUGUUGAUCGCUGGUUUCGCAUACCUCUGCUAUCGUCGCAGAAAGGAAGACGCAGAUCAAGGUUCGUCUGCUGGGGCCUCUACAACACAGAGCACACUUGAAAUGAUGAGGAACUCCUCGCGAAACGGAACCAUUAGAAGUGGAACUCUUCCAAGCGUUCAAAUUACUUAUCGGGACGCUAAUCGUGAGCCGGAGGAAGAUGCGAGUAGCUUGGGCUCUAAAGAAGAGCCGUCGGACAGUGACAGCGGAGUGUCCGAGAUGACGUACAAAAGAAAACAGGCAGAUAUUAAUUUCAUAGGCCACUACUCCAACAAUCCUAACCACCAGCAAUGGAAAAACUCACUUGGCCGAACAAGGCCGGCAAAUGGCCGAAACUUAAUCGAGCACACAACGGAAGAAUCCGACACACCCGAGGAAGUUCCGAUCUCUAGAGCUCUCAAGUCCUUCUCUGCAAUGUCUCUACCGAGGGACAAACGAGAUGGGCCUCCAGCAUACGAUAAUCGCAGAUUCAUGGCCAAAUCUGCUGACCAGUUAGACCGAAUUGAAAGGUCUCAACUACCUCCCGAGGCUGUGACGUCAUUCAUGUCACCGGACUACGAGCAGAAACAAAAGAGACCAGCUUAUCGGGAUCGUAAAGAGCCCUAUUCGCGUUCGCGGGCCACGCGACCUGCGGGCUCAUUGAGAAGAUCACGCGAUCAAAUGGACUAUAACGAUGAUAGCAGUACACCACCUCGGUCACCUACACGUCCAAAUACUGGAAUAGGUUAUCUACCGAAGACGGAAAUUCAGAACCGAAACAGAAGAGAUCCAAGGUCGAAUAGUUUCCGAAAAGCCCUCGACUUUGACCCAAAUCCUCGGGAUUCCGACGGUAGCUCGAAAUAUUCCGAUCGGGCGUCGUCCAGCAGCAACGACCACCGAGAUACAAGGACAAAUGCGAAUUCAAUGGGUCGGCCCAGAAUUCAAUAUGACGAAGAACCUGGUCGUAGAAGGCGGCAACCACAACAGUUGCCCAGCCUCCAAAUGAAAUCUGCUAAUAAACCGCCGCGGUAUCACACCCCGCCUUCUCCGUUAUCACCAGUAUCUCCAGCACCCUCUUACCACACUGUAGACCCAGUGUUCGGAGGCAGAAUAUCUCCAGUACCGUCUUACCACGGUUCUAGUCGAGACGGUAACAGCGAUCACUCGGACGGCGGAAGGAUUCCUCCCCCUGUUUUAUACAUGGACAGAACUGGUCACAACAACGAGAAUUUUGAAUCAAGUGAACCCCACAUUUCAACAUACUCCUCGUUCGUUUAGCUUCUUGUCACAUCUACCAUUAAUUUAUAGUCAGGUCCUCCAGUGAGUGACGGGCACACGUUCUUGAAGGUCUUAACCAAAUCUCUCUAUCAUUAAAUGUCUUCCAAGAUCUUCAACCAUACCAUUGAUUGAGAGGUAACGUAUAUUCUCUCUAAGGGAGAUUAAACCUCAUGCAUCCCGAAACAGACGUUUGUUAAAUAGUAUACAGUUGUACCUACAGGCAAAAGCUGUUAUAAGGAGACAGUUUUAAGUUUAUUUUGGCCUUUUUUGGCCCUAUUUUUGUACGGUAACAGUUUUAUAUCCCUAUUGUAAAUUCAUUUUUGUGCGUGUAAAAAGCAGAUGUGUAAAUCGUUUAUCUCUUAACAGUAUUUUUAUAUAACAUAUGUGGUAAUUACAAUGUUGUAAAUGAGGUAUUUUUUUACAUAUCCAUAUAUCAACAACUCAUUUUUAUGUAAAUAUCUCGGUGGAGUGAGCUGAACGACUCAACUGUUCAUCCUCAACUACAUUUUGUAAAUAAUUAAUGUUCUAGGUUAGAUAGACCAGAGCAGUGAUGACUUUGUACAAUAGUGAAACAAAGAUUCUUUAGCAAAAUUUACCUUUCGAGUUAAGGAAAAUUAAAUCAACAUUUGAUUGAGCGGAAGGUUAAGACUAAAGCGAACUGAGGAAUUUAGUCAUUGAUUUGUUUACAUGGAUUCAUUGUAAAAGUGUCAUAGCGCUUUAGUGAGUCUGAGAUUCGAGAAAAAUUAUAAACAUCAUUCUUCAACCUACUUUUUAUUUUUACAGUUUAUGUCAUUUUAACCACACUUAAAUGCUGUAGUAUAUUUAGGAUCAAUCAAAAGUUACAAAAUUAUGUGUAUUGGAUGUUAUUUGGGUGGCAAGUCAGUAAACAAGAAAAUCAGGAAAAAAUAGCUGAUCAAAUUUGUUUUGGCUGUAGCAUUUUCUUCGAGAGAAAGUACAUUUUCAAUUUAGCCUUCAAGGCUUUUACCAUGCUGAUCAAGAAUGAAGAUGGAAAGGUAAACAUUUUUAGCUCUCCUCUAGUUUCUAGUUUGAUCUCUGAUGAUCACGGGAUCGUAAAUAGAUAUGCUGUUGAUUUAGUCUUGAUGCGAUGCGUUGAAUGAUUUUUCUAAUACUUAGGUGAUAUUUAUAGAAUGAAUAGCUUUCAGAAUCACGAUUGUUGCAGUUGUAGAAAAGAUUACAUAAGACGCUGUAAACGAAUUGCGAGCAGGUAGUACCUUUGAAUAUAGAAUGAAAACGUUUUAAAAAUCG